AAGGAAGUCAGUUGCUGGACAGGGAGCAAAUAGCUGAGAAAUAUCGAAUCCAGCAGAGAAACGCACAAGGCUACAUUCAGGGAAGUUUAACCAGACUCGUACAGCCAGAAUCGGACUUCUUAGCCAACACAGACGUCAUAUUUGUUAAACAGUUAGGAUCAAGGGAAAGUAUCGGUUAAGAGCAGCAAAUGGCAGAGAUACGAAAAAAGCUGGUCGUAGUAGGUGACGGCGCGUGUGGAAAGACCUGCUUGCUGAUUGUGUUCAGUAAAGACGAGUUUCCUGAGGUCUAUGUGCCUACUGUAUUUGACAACUAUGUGGCCGAUAUUGAAGUGGACACCAAGCAAGUUCAACUAGCACUGUGGGACACGGCUGGACAGGAGGACUACGACCGCCUUCGCCCGCUGUCCUAUCCGGACACUGAUGUCAUUCUGAUGUGCUUUUCCGUGGACAGCCCAGACUCCCUCGAAAACAUCCCAGAGAAAUGGGUGCCAGAGGUAAAGCACUUUUGUCCCAACGUGCCUAUUAUUUUAGUUGCUAACAAGAGAGACUUGCGCAACGACGAGAAUGUUAGGAGCGAGCUGUCCAGAAUGAAACAGGAACCAGUGAAAACCGAGGACGGGCGGGCCAUGGCCGUGCGCAUUGGCGCGUAUGACUAUUUGGAGUGUUCUGCUAAAACGAAGGAUGGUAUUCGGGAGGUGUUCGACACUGCGACACGUGCUUCAUUACAGAAGAGAUCAAAACCCUCCAGCGGUUGUGGGAACUGCUGUCUGUUGUUGUGAAUGAACAGCUAACGUGAGCAAUAAUGUCUCUUACGUUAAUGUACGGCUGCCAAGACCUGUUGUCAUUGUGCUUGAAAAGAUGCAUGACCAAGUCUGUGCGUCUCCCAUUAGGCUAAAUACUUUCUUGCGAGCCGGUAGCCAUGAAAAAUAAAUAAUCCUCAGAUUGUGGAUCAUCUGGAUCUAUUCACCUGAUCCCUUCAUUGACGCGAAUACAUAAUCUAAUACAAGUAGCCUACAACUGACACUCCCUGCGACUCUAAUUUACUGAAUAAAUACGUUUGUCAAGCAUUCAGGAUGCUGCCUAAAAUGAUGCUGUAGCCUUUGAGGAUCUUGUUCCAAGUAGCCUACUUGAGUGUCGGGUGCCAAGGCUUGUUGACAUGCAACCAGUUAGUCACGAAAUGUGGCGAUGCCUUCAAUUGUGUAGGCAACGCCAUGCACAUUUACAUAGACAAAAACCUAAACUUCCCUUGUCUGUCACGAAUGUUGAAUACAAUUCUAUUUCAACUUAAUCUGCCGAUUGUGCGUGGUGUUGGUCCUUCAGCUGGUCGACAUUUGAGACAAAAUAUCCACAGGAACGUAUUAUUAAACCAACUUCAAAACGCAUGUCUGUGUGUAGCAAUCAAGAUGUUUGCUCAUGACCAAAGGCACGUGCACGUAACUUAUGCAUAGUAACAGGUGUUUACAUGGUUUUGCACAUGUGCCAGGUGAUAGAAAUUUCAACUUCAGUACUAGCACUUUAAAAAGUAUUGUAAACAAUACUCUCCUGUGGAUAUUUUGUCUCAAAUUCCAAGCAGCUGAAGGACCAACCAAACAGGCAACUGGUAGAAUAAAUUCAAACAAUUUUAUUCAACAUUCUGGCUUGUAAGGAACAUUUCCAUUUCUUUUUUUGUUAAGCUGCUCUCCAUGUGUUUUUAAAAGGCUGUACAUCCUGCUGUGUGUGUGUGUGUGUGACAUUGCAUUAACAUGACAGGGAUACCACUCUGCAGCACUGUGUAAAGCAUGAAUGCAAUUAUUUCACAUACUGUAUAUGGUGGAGUUUCAAAAAGAUCCCCAUAGUGCAAUAUUUUUGUCAUAGUUUCAAGUUUGUCAGUAGUUUCUAUUGUUUUAUGUUUUAAAUAAUAAAUAUAUGAUCAGAAUGUG